ACACAAUGAACGCGACACCACAAUCACUUACCAGUACCCUCAUAUCAGCAUUGGGCCAAAGCGAGACCCUCAUACGUCAAUUGGAUGAGAGUACAAAAACUAUAGAACGACUGAAACGCGAGAACGAGAAGUUCAAGAACGAAUUAAACGACUUCCGGAGCAAGCAGGAUACUGUUCCUCAUGUAUCUGCUCCUCCUGAUCAACAACUCAAGCGUGAAAAUGAGCUGCUGAGGAAGGAAAUUGACGAAUUCCGAAUUAAACAGAAUGAGGCUCCCGGUCUCUCCGAUCAGAAUGCUCACUCUUUGGAACGGGAGCAUGAGAAGCUCAAGCAGGAACUUGAGGAACUUCGGCGUAAGCACGAGGAUGCUCCAGGUCUAUCUGCUCAAUUUGAACAAUUGUUCAGAAGGGACGUGGAAAAGCAAGCGGAGAUAGAUCAACUGAAAUCCAAACUCCGCCUACUUCAAACAAAGGAACGAAGAUGGCGACUACAGAACCCUGGCGUUUCUUCUCCAACCAUCUCUUCUGAUGAGGUGGAAGUCAGCACCACUCCUGUAAACACCAAGCGGAAGCGACCUCGAAGCAAGAGUCCAGAGGUACUGAAGGAGAUAUCAGGAAACGUUCCUGCUGGGGUUGUUCAAGCGUCAAAAGCACGUCCAAAAUUCAAAAGACUCAGCGAUAGGGGAGCUGAUGCAAUUCCGGCGGUAGCUGAGGACGGUGACGACUACGAUGAAACGCGGCCUGGCUCAGCAGCGGGCAAGGGCAGUAAAGGAAAAAAUGGCAGCUCACCUCAUCAGCGUCUUCAGGCAUUGCUUGCAGCUCCUGCAGCCACAACUCCCAUGCUAUUUCCUCACCUAGACGCAAGUCCGGCAAGCCCAAAGACAGCCUCCCCCGCCGAGCAACCGAAAUUCCAGGCGCCGACACCUGCGAUGGAUACAGCUGCCCCAAAGACCAGUUCGUUGAGGAAGCCUCCUUUUCUUCCAUCAAAAGCGGCUCGAACAGUACCAGAACCUGAAGAUGAGGAACCUUUCCGUUCGAGGCCGGUGAAUCGUCUCAGCCUUGCCCACUUCAAGAUCAACCCUUCGUACACUGGUGGUUUAGACUAUGCCUACGACGAUAUCGUCCGGGGCAAUGCCAGAAAAUGCUUGCCGGGCUGCACUCGACCGGAGUGCUGUGGUGGCAAAUUCAGAGUACUGGCAGACACUCUCCCCACUGAUGAGGACGUGUCGGACGACGAUUUGCUCCGCGACUUUCUAGGUCCUGGCUCAGAAGAGAAGAUCCGUACUUUGACACCGCUUGCACGAGCAAAUCUUGUGCAUGAAGCACGUGCGAAGAGGUUGGCGAAUCUAUAUGGGAAGAUGCAUCGAGAGACGUUCGAACGAGCGCAGAGCCCGCCAGGGUUUUGGAACACAGAAUUUCCAUCAACACAGGAGGACAAGGAUAACCGUGAGCAGGCAAGACUGAGAGAACGUGAGGAGGUUGAAAAGAGAUGCCAGGAAGCGAAAAGAGGGAACGGACGGUGGCUGUUUGCUGAUGAAUGA